GCCGGAACGUUCAAUCUCAUUCAAGAUGCUGGUCCGACACUUUUUCGGCCUGUAACGUUACGCUACAAGCUUGGCUCGUUAAGUCACAAGGCGGGCAGUGUUCAACUUUGUCUAAAUGCUGUAGAACGUGACUGGUGUCCGUGUUGUUAUCAGGGUUGAUCCCAGCUCGUCAUGUCGGACACAUGGAGCAACAUUCAGGCGCACAAGAAGCAGCUGGACUCCCUGCGGGAGAGGCUGCAACGGCGGCGGAAAGAUCCUGCACAACUGUCCGCGGACGGUGGAAGCAGCACAGAUGGUUCCACAGCCAGGAGUGACAGCCCGGCUCCGUCCACACCGUUUCAACCUCAGGAGGAGACAGAAAAACCACCAGACCCUGAACUAGAGAAGAGGCUGCUGGGAUAUCUCUCUGAUCUGAGUCUUUCGCUGCCAACAGACUCCCUUGCCAUUACAAAUGAACUUAACAGCUCUGAAGCAGCUGUCAGUCAUGGGUGCAUCCAGAGUCUGCUGCUGAAAUUCGCUGCUCAGGAGCUCAUUGAGGUCCGGCAGCCCGCCUCAUCCUCCACAUCUGCUACUUCCUCCUCCUCAGUUGUGGUAGCAGUGGACCACACAAAACUAUGGGCCAUGAUCGGGUCUGGAGCCGGGGCCCAGCGGAGUGGAGUCAAGAGAAAAGCAGAAGAACAAACCCACCACAAAAGGGCUCCAGGCUUCUCGCCCUCACUUCAGAGCUCUGCUUCUCCUCCUCACACUUCCUUCACCUCUUCUUCCUCCACACAGUUGGCAGGGCCGUCGGUAUCAGGGAGUGGUGCAGAGAAGAAGGGCAGGAGCAGCAAAAGCCAAUCGUCUCAUGUGGACAUGGAGAUAGAGAGCCUCCUGAACCAACAGUCCACUAAAGAGCAGCAAAGCAAGAAGGUGAGCAGAGAGAUUCUGGAGCUGCUUAAUGCCAGCACAGCUAAGGAACAGUCCAUCGUGGAGAAGUUUCGCUCUCGUGGCCGAGCUCAAGUCCAAGAGUUCUGCGACCACGGGACCAAAGAGGACUGUGUACGCUCCGGGGACACACCUCAGCCAUGCACCAAACUACACUUCCGUCGCAUCAUCAACAAGCACACAGACGAGAGCCUUGGCGACUGUUCCUUCCUCAACACGUGUUUCCACAUGGACACCUGCAAAUAUGUCCAUUAUGAGAUCGACAGCCCUCCAGAGGCCGAGGGGAGCCUACUGGGGCCCCAGGCCGGGACCACGGAGCUCGGACUCCAUGCAGGGGACGCAGACAGCAACGUGGGCAAACUGUUCCCCUCACAGUGGAUCUGCUGUGAUAUCCGCUACUUGGACGUCUCCAUCCUGGGUAAGUUUGCUGUGGUGAUGGCUGACCCUCCGUGGGAUAUCCACAUGGAGCUGCCCUAUGGCACACUGACUGACGAUGAGAUGAGAAAACUCAACAUCCCCAUCCUACAAGAUGACGGCUUCCUUUUCCUUUGGGUCACUGGCAGGGCUAUGGAGCUGGGCAGAGAGUGUCUCAGUCUUUGGGGCUACGAGCGGGUGGAUGAAAUCAUUUGGGUGAAAACUAACCAGCUUCAGAGAAUCAUCCGCACAGGAAGGACGGGCCAUUGGCUGAACCACGGGAAGGAGCACUGUCUGGUGGGUGUGAAGGGAAACCCUCAGGGCUUUAACAGAGGUUUGGACUGUGACGUCAUCGUGGCCGAGGUCCGCUCCACCAGUCACAAACCAGAUGAGAUCUACGGCAUGAUAGAGAGACUGUCGCCCGGCACCAGGAAGAUCGAGCUUUUUGGUAGACCCCACAACGUCCAGCCCAACUGGAUAACUCUUGGAAACCAGCUCGAUGGCAUCCAUCUCUUGGAUCCUGAGGUCGUGGCUCGGUUUAAGAAGCGGUACCCAGACGGCGUCAUCUCCAAACCCAAAAACAUGCAGUGAUGAUUUUAUCAGUGGUCACACGUCUGGAGAGGUUUGUUUAUCGACUGUUUUUGCUCUGUUUCUUCCAUACUGAUGAGCAAAUUUCUGAAGUAGUUGUUGUCAACAAGAUACAUCGCGCUUUGGUUAAGAAAUGACUAAAACCACAUGAACACAUGAUGUGAAUUACUUUGGGAGUUUUAUGUGCAUGACUGUAUGACAUCUCCAUAUUUAAUACAGCAAACUCCACAUUCACCAAUAAAAACACGGAGACCUUUUGAAUUAUUUUUUUGUUAUUUUGUCAGUAAACUAUAAAGUUACUUGUAUUUUGAUGUACUUCAGAUUUUCAUAGCUGAUCAUUAUUUUUGCAUUAAAGGACAAACAUUGAAGUUUCAAAUUUCA